GAAGAGUCACCACCCCGUUGCGUGGAUAGAGUUGGCGGGGUAGUCUCGUACUGUAGGAAUGUGGAGGUUCUGCCACCGCGUCGUAGCCUACCCGGUAGAAGACAGUACCCUGUGACGUGCCUCGUCUAGCCACCUCUACCAUCCUCUACCAGCCGCAGGAAUCGAACUCACGACUGCCUGCUUGCAAGGCAGGCGCUUAUGCUGCUGAGCUAAAUCCCUAGCCCCUUGGAUGUCAGUUUACUAAUAUCUGUUGAGGAUGGAAAUACUGACCUGGAAGUUGCCCUGUGACUCCGGAGUAGAGGCAGAUGUGUAUCUGUGACUCUGAAUGGGACGGGUGGCUGACAGAGCACCCUGGAGGCAAGGGAGUAGAGAAGAACAGAAGGCCUGACUUCAGAAAAGGAAACAUGGCUUAGAAACAUGAGAAUGCUUUCUACUAUGGACGGAAGUGGGCAGCCUCCUCCUGAUCCCUGCUAGAAGUUGGUGCACAGCUAUUCACCUUGUUAGUAAUUCUGCCAGGAUCUCGGAGUUGCCUUCCCUUCCACCCUCCCAGAAGUGCACAUCCGGUGACCUCUGAGAGCCGUGGAGCUACCCUCAGGACUCAGUGAUCAUGACUUCUGUAAAGGAGCAGGCGGCAAUUAGCAGGCUUUUAAGUUUCUUACAAGAGUGGGACAAUGCUGGCAAAGUCACGAGGAGUCACAUCCUCGACAAUUUCAUUGAAACCAACCAAGGCAAGACUGGCCCUGAAUUGGAACAGGAGUUUUCCCAGGGAGCCAGCUUGUUCCUUACACGCUUGACUACCUGCCUUAGAAUCACCUACAUGACUGGCUCAAGCUUAGAAAAGCUCCUGAGAUCCAUUGGCAUCUUCUUAUCAGCUGUGAGCAGUAAUCGGUACCUGAUCGAAUUUCUUGAGGUUGGAGGUGUCCUAACACUCCUGGAAAUACUUGGGCUAGAGGAGAUCAAGGAAGAGGACAAAAAGGAAUCCAUCAAGCUUCUGCAGGUUGUUGCAAACUCUGGCAGGAAGUACAAGGAACUCAUUUGUGAAAGCUAUGGUGUACGAUCUAUAGCAGAGUUUUUGGCAAAGUCUAAGUCAGAAGAGACCCAGGAAGAAGUGCAGAUUCUCCUGGAUUCGCUGGUCCAUGGUAACCCCAAGUACCAGAAUCAAGUGUACAAAGGUCUGAUAGCUCUGCUGCCCUGUGCCUCCCCAAAAGCUCAGCAGCUGGCCCUCCAGACUCUCAGGACUGCCCAGUUGAUCAUCAGAACCACGCACCCCCGCAUUGUGGACUGUGUGCUGGAGGUGCUGGCCACAAUGCACCUGGAAGUCCAGUAUGAAGCUAUCGAGCUCAUCAAGGACCUGGUGGAUUACGAUGUGCGCUUGCCGCUGCUCAAGGGCCUGGUGGCGCUGCUCAUCCCCUCCAUCAAGACCUCCCAAGCAUACCCCAAGAUCCUCGCUGGUAGGACCCUCCCCGAGGCUGCCCGGUGGGGCAGGGGUGUCUACCUCCCUCACGGCCUCUCGCUCCCCAGAGUGCCCGUUCCUGCAGCUCACCGCACACCCACCAUCCUUCCUGCAGCAGGCUGCAGCCGCCAAAGCCAUCGGGGUCCUGGCGCGCCACAGCCUGCACGUGGCGGAGGAGAUGUUGCGCCUGCACGUGGUGCGCAGCCUGAUGGCCGCCAUGGGCAACUCAGACCACAGCAACAGCCAGCGGCUGGCUGCCCUCACACUGCAGUUCUUCGUGCAGACGUUCCCAGUGGUGGAGGAGCACGUGCGCAGGUCCAUGGGGGAGGAACUAUACCAGCUGUUCCUCCGCUAUGGUGGAGACUUGUAUAUGAAAAUCGACAGCGUUCAGGCAGACAUCCUGGCUGUCAACGAGGUCAACGUUGCCCAAGCAUUAGACCUCUACGACCUCUCCAACAGCAACUUGAACGUUCCCCUUGCCUCUGGGGAUCCCAAUGACAUGGCCUACAUCACCCACUUCCAGAAGGAGGAUGCAGAAUCAAAGGAGUAACUGAGCUUCCACAAGGGCAAAGCUGCCCAGCAGAAAGGCCCGGGUGAAGUUUGUGACUGUUCCACCCAGCCCCAGUGGAGGGGGGCAGCUGUCCAGAAAGAGUCCAAUAAACAGUCUUUCUGCUCUC